AUGAAAGGUUCUAUUUAUAUACCAUCGGACAUAAUUGAAGAAAUUCUUCACUUUAUUCAAAACGAACCAACCAAUAAAACUGAUCAUUUAAACAACGAAAGUUCUACGUUGUUUAAUUGUCUUUUAGUGAACAGACAGUGGUGCAGGCUUGUUAUACCACGACUUUGGCGUCAACCAUUUUUAUAUGUGAGGAAAGGGAACCCAAAACUUAUUUCAACUUUUUUAGCUUUUCUAAAUGACAAAAGUCGUAGAACUCUUUUAUCUAAUGGAAUCACUCUCUCAUCCCUAUUUUUGAAAUCGGAUUGUCGUAUACGGCAUCAUAAUUUCCAUUUCUACAAAUUCCACAGAUCGCAAUAUCAAUCAAAUUUCAAUUAUGCUUCAUUUCUUAAACACUUACAUUAUGAUUACAUGCUAUCAUCUAUUGAAGAAUGGUGUAGUUAUUCAAAUCAAUCAGUAGGAAAUGCUAUUUCCCUCAUCACAAACUCUUUGUUGAAAUUAUUUUUGGAUAAUAAUGUUAAGUUAAUGAGCCUUUUCGUUUGGCCAAAUCACAUACAUUGGACUCACUAUAGUUCAAGUAGAUAUAUGGAAUUAGUUGAACCUGAAGUUAGUGGAUUGUUAUCGGAGUUAAAAUAUUUACAUAUCGAAACACAUUCUAAAUAUCCAUCUGCAAGAUUUUUCUCAAAGUUGUCACGGAUAGUUAAUGUUGGAAAAUUAUAUUUACGUACUCAACUGUUGGGUCUUAUGGGAUUUCCGAAUGAUUUGGAGAAUGAAAUGGCACGUAACAUUAGUAUGCUAAUUAAUUCACAAACCAACUUAACCUCGUUCACACUUUCAAAUUCAAUUCGAUACACUUCUGAUUUUAUCAAAUCUUUGUCACCUAACGUUCAUAAUAUUCAAAAUAUCUCAUUAAUUGAAACAAAAAUUGAUGAAAUUGAUUCAUGGACAAUUUUAUCCAAUUGUAUAAAUUUACAAAAAUUGGAAAUUAUUAAAUGUGCUGGACUGAAUGUGGAAUCAAUUAUACCUUUCGUAUCAGCUAACUGGGAAACCCUGGAAACAAUUCUAAUUGAAAAUAAUCAACCAAUUGAUGUCAACAAUGAAUUGGAGCAGUGGGCAAAUAAAAAAC